AUGUAUGAAGGCAAACACAUACACUUUUCCGAGGUUGACAAUAAGCCCCUAUGCUCCUACAGUCCCAAACUCUGCAAGCAGCGGCGACUUAAUGGCUAUGCCUUCUGUAUCCGACAUGUUCUAGAAGACAAGACAGCUCCCUUCAAGCAAUGUGAAUAUGUGGCCAAGUACAACAGCCAGCGCUGCACCAAUCCCAUCCCUAAAUCAGAAGACCGUAGGUACUGCAACAGUCACCUGCAGGUACUCGGCUUUAUCCCCAAAAAAGAAAGGAAGAAAAAAAAUGAUGCACUGGAGGAAGUAAAGGCUAGGAAUCAAAUGGAAACUGUGGCCUUCAGUUUAACAGUGCCCACCCUGGCCUUGAAGAUGCCCAAUGGACUGGAUGGGAUGACCCUUUCCCCUCCUGGGGCCAGGCUUCCCCUCCAUUACCUGGAAACAGACUUGGAUGAUUCUUUUACUGUGGAGGAGGAAGAGGAAGAGCUUAGGAAAGGGGCAUCUAUAAAGAAGAAGUUGCAGAGCAAGCUGGCACAGAAUCGACAGCGUCAGAAAGAGUCGGAGAUUUUAAAAGUUCAUCAAGAGCACUUUAGUCCUCACCCUGCACCUUCUCAGCUGCAACCUUUGUCUCUUCAAGACCAGCAAAUGCUGGUACAGCCUGUACCAACAUCGCUGAAAUCUACUGGGCUAACGCAGAGCCUGACUUGUACGUCACCUCAACCUCAGAAUACCAGCUUACCAGUACAGGGAGCAUCACCCGUAAUGCACACAUUAGCACAAACAAAAAAUUUGUCUAAUAAGAGACCUCUAUCUGCCCCACCGCUCUCUACAGACCCACCACAAUCUGACAAAAUCCAGGUGACUGCCACAGCCUUACCAACCUAUUCCUCCUGUGUCAGUCGGUUGCAGCGACUGAUGAAACUGUGCACACAAAAACGGCAACUAGAAACCGAUUUGUUCCCGCAUUUGGGGCUGGAUUGGUCAGAAGAUAGUGGAGAGGAACAAGACGAAUCAGAUAGAGAAUCUCCAUAUCAAGUUGCAUGGUCAUUCCGAGAGAGUCUCCAACGUGACUGCAAAAAGUAUGAUGCUGAAGAAGCAAAUAGCAGGAGCUCCAGGGUUGCACAACUUUGCACUUAUUUUCAACAGAAAUACAAGCACCUCUGCCGCCUGGAGCGAGCAGAAUCGUGUCAUAAGAAAUAUCGCCACACAUUCCGGAAAGCAUUGCAGAAAGCAGCCAUGAGAGAGCCGGAGUCUGCAGGGCAACUGAUGCAAGAAUUACACAUGGCUGCGCACAGAACCAGACCUAUUCAACCUGAACUCAGAGGAACAGAACCAAUACUCUGCAGUGCAACUGUGAAGAGUCAAGCAUGCUCAAACCGUGCCCUCCCAUACACAAGACACUGUUUUCAGCAUAUCCUGUCAAACAGCUCUCAGCAGCUUUUCACCAGUUGCACAGCAAAGUUCGCUGAUGGACAGCAGUGCUCUGUGCCUGUGUUUGACAUCACACAUCAGACACCCCUAUGUGAAGAACAUGCCAAGAAAAUGGAUAAUUUCUUGCGAGGAGACAAUUCACGUAAAGUUCAACACCAGCAGCAGAGGAAACCCAGGAAAAAGACCAAGCCCCCAGCACUUACCAAAAAACACAAGAAAAAGAGAAGGCGGGGUCCCAAACGCCCUCAGAAGCCCAUUCCACCUGCAUUGCCACAAGGCAAUCUCUGUAUGCCCAGUAGCCUCUCACUGCCAGUUGAAGUCUCCAGUAUAAGAAGUCCAUCCACACCAGACUUGAGCACUGAAGAGCUACCGGAUGACAUCACUAGUGAGAUCACUGACAUUCCUCAUGAUCUGGAACUGAAUCAAGAAGAUUUCUCUGAUGUCCUUCCACGUCUGCCUGAUGACCUACAAGACUUUGACUUUUUUGAAGGUAAAAAUGGAGAACUUCUCCCAACAACUGAAGAAGCUGAAGAAUUGGAGCGGGCUCUUCAAGCAGUUACAUCUUUAGAGUGUCUAAGUUCCAUUGCAGUGCUGACUCAAGCAGAUGGUGUUACUGGUCAGGAUCUUUCAGAGCGUGGAAUGACGUCAUCAUUCUCUUCAGGGUCUGGAACCACAGAAAUUCACUCGCUGAGCCGAGAAGAUCAUACAGACCUUGGAAAAUUACUCAAUGGGCAUAUGGUUCAUGAAAACUUUACCAGUCUGGAACUGGAUGAAAACCUCCUUGGUCGUGCUACUUUGUCUAGUCCACCUAUACCUCUGAGUGGGCAUAUUCAGAGGCAGUUUUCAUCAUCUGCCAAUGUUGGCCUUAGUUCUGCCACUCUAAUAAGCCACAGCUCGCUUGAAGAGAGGUCUUUCACGGGUACAUACCAUGAACUUCAUGAAAGCAGCCAUUCUUCCCAGCGGCCUCUACCUGCAGAAAUUCUAAGCAAAACAGAAAAUGUAAUCACCUCGCAACAGCAAUACAGCAGUGACCAUCCACAUUCUUCUCCUCAUGAUAGCCAUUAUGACAGUGAGCAUGUCCCUUCACCGUAUAGUGACCAAAUUACAUCUCCACAUGCUGCCUCCUUUGCUGGUGAUGGUUUAACAGAUACAUUUUCUUCAGAGGUGCCCAUUAUUACGCAGCACUUGCUCACCACCCAAAUGGAGGUGCCUCUAAGUGGGGUGGUAAAUGCUCAGUCUCAUUGGGGUAACCUCCCUGUGAACCUUAGUGAUCCAUCAACUUUCAGCACCUUCCUCAGUUCUGAUGGGCACCUUCUUUCUACGUCUUUGUCUACCCCUCAGACUGUCUCUCAUUCAGAGCCUUCACAGCCUACCUUCUCCACUGUGACCCCCAACAGCUCUAACAUGCUUCCGGGGUUACCACAGACAAGUUUCAGUGGCCUAAGCCCCCCUCCCUCUGAACUCAUGGAUUCUACACCCUCCAAACAACAGCUCCCACAAUUCAUUGCAGCCUUUGGUCAUCAGCUGACUUCUCACAGUGGCAUCCCCAAAGACCUGCAACCCAGCCAUAGCUCCAUUGCUCCUCCUGCAGGAUUUACUGUAACAGGUGCCACGGCUACAAGUACCAACAACACCUCUUCAUCCAUCAAUCACAAAAUCUGA